AUGACAUCCCCGCUGGAUGACGCCAGCAGCGACGAACGCAAGUCUCCCAUCACCGCUGAUGUUCUUGGAAAUGUGGUGGUGGCGUACCUGGAGGCCGUGGGCAUGCGGGAGGUGGCCGCUGGGAUGCGACGCGAGGCAAAGGCGGAUGCAGCCUCCACUGGUAGCGUGGCGAUGCGGCAGCAGCCGAGUUGUGGUGCUGCUGCGCACUCGUUGUUGUCCCGCCCACCCCCCAGCGCGUUGGAGUGGCUUCUCCACACCCACGCCACUACACGGGCUGUUGUGCGGCGUCUGCUGCGCAACGGCGAGGUAAAGGUUACACGUCAGUUCCAUGCAAUGGGUCUACAACCCCCAGAAGCAGACACCAUGCACUAUGUGCUGGAUCCCAACGAGCGCCGCAUGUGGUCACCGCAGGAUGCUGCGGACGCCAUCUACAUUUCAGGAGGGAAAAGUGCGGGGACUGGGCGGCGCAUGUUUGGCACACUCCAUCAACUCAUAGAGGAGUUGACGCAUGUCAGUGUGCUGCCGCUUUCAUCUUUAUCAGAGGACAAGUUGCGGGUGCAGGAGGAGUUUACGUGUGCCUUUUUGCGGCAGCACCGCUACUUCACCUCUUCUCACACAGUUCUUGCGAAACUAAUGGAGCGGUUUCUUGUGCCUCUCUCAGUGCAGCUUGGGUUUGAACAUUUUGAGGCGCACGGCAUCACCGUCCACGCACCAGGAACAUCUCUCUCUCCUUCUUUGUGUACGUUACUUGUAACGAGCGGCAGCGAGGAUGGAGAGGAGAGGCGGAGAGCGAGCCACUUUUCACCGAGUGCCACACUUUGGUUGCUUGUGUGCCGGAAGGUACAAAUGCGUGUCUUGUCCGUGCUGCUGCUGUGGCUGCGCGAAUAUCCGCAGCACUUCGAUGAGGAAAUGCACCAGUGCAUCAACUUAUUCCUGGAGGACUGCUGCUUCACACCGCAACCGUGGAGCGAUUGCCCGUCGCAGUUAGCGGGAAUGGCCGAGUUUGUGCGGACCAGUAUCGCGGCGAGUGCUGCAGCACCUCGUGAGCAGCGAGACUGUGGGACAUGUACGCGUCAGCAUAGUCUGCGCGACUGUCCACCAACAAUUAAAGUAUCAUCAUCCCUAUCACCGUGUAAAGAGGCAGCAGCAGCAGUGGCGUCAGACAGCGGCUCCACGAUAGUGUUGGAGAAGCCGCCCUCCGUACUCUCAUGGUGCACAGCGCGGGAUUUUAGCCUUGUCGCACCGAUUGGUGAGCACUGGGUCGAGGAUGCAAAGGAAGUAGUGAGGCUCUUCGUCGCUGUUCCAGUGGAGCAGUGCGCCACAGCUCUAACGUCUUUUCAUCAAAAUCUGUUUGCUUCGCUACAGGCCGAAUCCCUGCUGCAGGUGGCGCACCACUCCGCUGCGGCCUAUUUGUGCUCCAGCGCUUUCCGCCUUUCAUCAGUCGGCCUGUUUCUCACCGCCUCGGCGGAACUUGCCGCAUGGACCGUCUCCGUGCUUCUCCAUGCGGCUGCCCUCGACAGUCUUGAUGUCCUGCAAGAGCGAGAUGCACUAUCAUUAGGGAAAAACUUUAUUUAUGUUCACCGGCGCUUUGUAGAUCUCGUCGUUUCCCUAAUGCGGCUGAACAAUCUGCACGGUGCAGUGGGGGUUUAUCAGGGUCUGCGGCAUCCGCUUCUGCAGCGAGUGAUAAAGCAACCACGUCUGCUGGCGCUCCUUCCCGCCAGCACCCUGCAGAAUGUUGCUCACUUGGGCAAACUACUGGAAGCAAACAACAGUGUGGAAGGAGAGAGCGUUCAGUUGUUGGAGGACUAUAUGAAAGGCAUUCCUGACGUCGAUAUUCAUCCCCCAAUACCCCCAGUUCAGCGCUAUCUUACAGAAAUAGGACGGCUACGACAUACAAUGCCAUCGUUCUUGACUGUCCGUACGGAUGAAAUGUAUCCGCCAAGGAAUACGGGCAAGGUGUUAGGAGACAUUGUCGUUGUCCACUGGAGGAAGUACAUGAUCGCUGAUCAACUUUUGAGUAGAGUCAUGGCGUGGCAGAACGUCACAUCGACCACUACCCGGGAUGAGGCCUUUGAAAGGCAAUUUGCGGAGCAAAGACAACGAGUGGUGCAUGAACCUUGGCGUCUGGCUCGCCUGGCUAAUGAAUUCCUUUCUGUAUUAUAG